GAAAGACUCUGAUCCGCUCGGAGGUGUUGCGAGAUUAUGCAUUUCUUUGAAGACAAGUUUUCAAAAGAAAUUUUCCUUUUUGAUAAUUGUUAAAUUUAUCUUUCUUUCGUUAUUUAUUUUCUCUCGUCUUCUCGAUUUUUCCUCAUAUUCGAUCUUCUGAAACCCCUAAACUCUCGUCCUCCCUUCCCGGCGAUCUCUGUUUCUCUCACUCAAAUUCGGCUAUUGAAAUGGCAACUCCGAUGGUUGAAGAUACGACAAGCUUCGAAGAGGAUCAGCUCGCGUCUAUGUCCACCGAAGAUAUCACGAGAGCUGCUCGUCUCCUCGACAACGAGAUUCGGAUUCUCAAGGAAGACGCACAAAGAACAAACCUAGAAUGCGAUUCGUACAAGGAGAAGAUAAAGGAGAACCAGGAGAAGAUUAAACUCAACAAGCAGCUUCCUUACUUGGUUGGCAACAUUGUUGAGAUCUUGGAGAUGAAUCCUGAAGAUGAUGCUGAGGAAGACGGUGCAAAUAUCGAUCUUGACUCACAACGGAAAGGGAAAUGUGUUGUGCUGAAAACUUCUACACGACAGACUAUUUUUCUACCGGUUGUUGGCCUAGUGGAUCCAGACAGUCUGAAACCGGGCGACCUGGUCGGAGUAAACAAAGACAGUUAUCUCAUUCUGGAUACAUUGCCAUCAGAGUAUGACUCGAGGGUGAAAGCUAUGGAGGUGGACGAAAAACCAACAGAAGAUUAUAAUGACAUUGGAGGACUAGAGAAGCAGAUCCAGGAGCUUGUAGAGGCAAUUGUGCUCCCUAUGACGCACAAGGAGCGUUUUGAGAAGCUGGGUGUUCGUCCACCAAAGGGAGUGCUCUUGUAUGGUCCUCCAGGGACUGGUAAAACUUUGAUGGCUCGUGCCUGUGCAGCACAGACCAACGCCACAUUCCUCAAACUCGCAGGUCCUCAACUCGUCCAGAUGUUCAUUGGAGACGGAGCAAAACUUGUCCGUGAUGCCUUUCAACUAGCGAAAGAGAAAGCACCAUGCAUCAUCUUCAUUGAUGAAAUUGAUGCAAUUGGUACAAAAAGAUUUGACAGUGAAGUAAGCGGAGACAGGGAAGUGCAGAGAACUAUGUUGGAGUUGCUCAAUCAGCUUGAUGGAUUCAGUAGCGAUGAGCGUAUUAAGGUGAUUGCAGCCACUAACCGUGCAGACAUUCUGGACCCAGCACUCAUGCGUUCUGGUCGACUAGACAGGAAGAUCGAGUUCCCACACCCAACAGAAGAAGCAAGAGCCAGAAUCUUGCAGAUUCACUCGAGGAAGAUGAAUGUCCACCCUGACGUCAACUUUGAGGAGCUCGCAAGAUCAACAGACGAUUUCAAUGGAGCUCAGCUGAAAGCAGUGUGUGUAGAGGCAGGCAUGUUAGCUCUUCGCCGCGAUGCAACAGAGGUAAACCACGAAGACUUCAACGAAGGUAUCAUCCAAGUCCAGGCCAAGAAGAAAGCAAGCUUGAACUACUACGCCUAAUCUCUUUUCUGUUUCUCAGUCUGUGGACUAGUUUUACUUUUACCUCCAUUUCCGAUUUGUAUCUUUUCAUAUUUUCGAAUCAGAUAUAUCAAAUAUUCGAAAUACAUUUAAUUGUGCUCAUCUUCGUCUUCUUCGGAACAAAACAAAAAAUGAAAUUUAGUAUCUACUACUCACAUAUCACUCUGCUUCACGUUUGGAUCUUUUCUAUCCUGUAAUUAUG